AUGGGGAGAUUGCCGGUUUUUACUGCGAGAAGGGGCAAACUUUUGGCGUUUUUGUGUUUCGUUCGUGGCUGGUAUAGAAAUUCUCUGUCUUUGAAGGUGGGAUCAACCAGAAGAGCUGUUUCUAUUUCCUAUGGGCGCAGAUGUGAAGCCAAUGUUACUAUCCUUGAAAAGCUGAUUCAGUUGCGGCACAAGCUUGCUAGAUUGCUUGGCUUUGCAAAUUAUGCUGACUAUGCCACUGAUGUUAGAAUGGCAAAGUCUUCCUCUAAGGUGUUUGAGUUCUUGGAGAGUCUCUCUGCUAGCUUAAAUGAUUUAGCCUACAGGGAACUUUCGAUGGUUAAAGCAUUAAAGAAGAAAGAGGAAGGCGAAUGUCCUUUCGGCAUGGAGGAUCUUCCAUACUACGUCAAAAGAGUCAAAGAUCAACAAUUCCAUAUGAAUUUUGGAGUAAUUAAACAGUACUUCCCUAUCAAUUUGGUUUUGUCCGGCAUCUUCAAAAUCUGCCAAGACUUAUUUGGCUUAGAUUUCAAGGAAGUUGAAGGUGCUGAGGUUUGGCAUCCAGAUGUGCAGCUAUUUUCAACUUCAGAUCUAAGUUCUAAAGGACUUGUUGGUUAUUUUUACCUAGAUCUAUACUCCAGAGUCGGUAAAUAUGCGCACACCUGUGUCGUAGCUCUUCAGAAUGGUUUACUAAAUAAUGGUUCAAGACAGAUUCCUGUGGCACUACUUGUUUCUCAAUUUGAAAAGAAAGUUGAUGGUCACCCUGGGUUGUUGCAAUUCCCUGAAGUGGUGAAUCUUUUCCAUGAAUUUGGUCAUGUGAUACAUCACAUUUGCAACUGUGCAUCAUUUGCCAAAUUCUCGGGGCUGCGCCUGGAUCCUGAUUUUGUGGAGAUUCCUGCCCUUUUGAUGGAGAAUUGGUGCUAUGAAAGCCUCUCUUUGAGGCUGAUCUCUGGUUUUCAUCAGGAUAUCACAAAGCCCAUCAAAGAUGAACUUUGUAAAUCGCUUAAGAAAUGGCGAUGCUCCUUCUCAGCACUGAAAUUAAAACAGGAGAUCUUUUAUUGUCUAUUCGAUCAAAUUAUUCAUUCUACUGAGAAUGUUGACAUUAGUGGGCUGUUCAAGCAUCUUUAUCCGAAGGUUAUGGUAGGCUUACCGCUUUUAGAAGGAAUUAACCCAGCUUCAUGUUUUCCACGAACUGCUAUUGGCUAUGAGGCCACUUGCUACAGUCACAUCUGGAGUGAGGUCUUUGCUGCUGAUAUAUUUGCGUUGAAGUUUCAUGAUGAUAUUUUCAACCUGCAAGCAGGCUUGCAAUUUAGGAAUAAGGUAUUGGCCCCAGGAGGAGGAAAAGACCCCAUUGAAAUGUUAUCUGAAUUUCUUGGGAGGGACCCAUCAAUACAAGCUUUUCUUGACAGCAUAUCUGGUACAAACUAGAGUUCGUUUCACCAUUGGUAAAGCAGGGUGAAUUUUUUCUGCUCCAUCCUGUAAAAGAUAUAGUUGCCGGCAAAAAAUAUACUAUUUUCCAUCAUGAUAAUACUUUAGGAGGAGAAACAAAAAAGAUCAGAAAUGGAAAUAGCAUGUAAAAUCAAAGGCAGUUCAACUACAACCAUUGAAAAAGUGUGGUUGAGCUGUUGCUAAUAUAAUCUUUAUUCUCUCUUCGUAGGUUUUUUA